AUGUAUGCAAGUCACGUCGUUUAUUUGCUCGCUUUUAUCGGUGGUUCUUUGGCAAUAUAUCCUUAUUUUGACACUCAAGAUUUUAUCUACAAUGUGCCUAAAGUGUUCAGAAUAUCGAUCACUCUGGAUAGAUUACUUGAUUAUUAUGAAAGGAAACCUUCAAAGGAUCCCGAGUGGUACAUUGCUUUAGGUUUGGCAAGAGGUCAAAUGGAAUAUACAAUUAACGAAUUAGAUAAAUCAGUGCCAGAGAAAUUAAAAGAGAAUUUGAAGAAUUUAACUAGAAGAAUGGACCGCAUUCAAAAUAACACAGAUAUCACCAAACUAGUCUAUCGCAGCAAGGACUAUGAAUAUGUGGCCAAAGCAAUUUUCGAGAACAUGGAUGUACUAUCGAGCUUGAUGGAACCUAUAACUUUAGGGACGAUGGGCACUCAGAAACCGUACCGCUUCACGUUCGAACAAUACGUGCAGGAAGCAAGGACUAAGAUGCCUAGUAGAAAGGCGGCCGAUGCCUGUACGAUGCAAAUACUGAUUUCGGCAAUGGAGACGCAAACGACGCAAUCUGAAGGCGAGUGUGAGUUCUCCCCGGAAUGCCGCAUGCAGGUCAUGCAGGGCUCGGGGCUGGCGUUCCAGCAGACCAGUCGAGUUCGUACAGCUGUAUUAGCUAAACUUUUUGAAUGUAUGGAAGGCGUAGACUUACCUGCAUACAUCUACAAAUUAUGCAUCCAAAUUUAUAAAGAAACCAAAUCGCUAGAGGCUUGGGAUCACCCUGCUGGCACUAGGACGUUGUUUAUGCAGCAAAUCUGGUAUUGUGCUGCGCAAGGCUAUGGAGAGUUUAUAAAGCCUCGUUGGAUGAAUAAAAUUAUGUCAUGGCAAGAACCUAAGGGUUGCUAUGCCGAUGAUCGACAGCCGUUCUUAAAACUGACCGGUUUUAUCAGUUCUACGUCGGCAGCUCCAAACAAGGAACGCGAGGAGGAAUACAGAAUAAAGAAAGCCGCAGAGUCCGAAGGCGGAGCGUGCAAUUCCUUGACCUCGGCGAUGGCCCUUGGCUCCCUGGUGGUCUACGUACGAGCUUUACUUGAAACUAAUCAGGCUUUUCAGUAUGAUGUGCUUGUUUGA